UACACACUCCCCAAAAGAAGCAGCAUUUUUCCUCCCAAGGAGACGUCUAGCUGCUCCCCUCCUCUCUCUUUUUCUGUCUCUAAGCAGGUGCUGAAAUGAGACACUAAAUAACUAUUAGAGUUAGAGGAAGGGCGAGAGAGGGGGAGGAGAAUGAGAGAAAACGAGCGAGCACUUCCCCGACAGUAGCAGGGAGAGGGGAGAGGGAGGGAAAAGGAGAGAGAGAGAGGGAAGGGAGAGCAGAGAGGAGCUUAGAGAAGGGAUCUGCAUUGUAAGUAGCUCAGGGGACAGCAAGUGCUGGGUGUUUUUCAACCUGUUUGCUUUGUCUUUUUUUGUUGUUUUUUUUUUUUUGCAACGAGGUAAAAAAAGACAGGAGGAACUUGGCGGAGGAGUCGAAGAGACAGAUUAAUCCAGUUUUAAAAGUCUGCAAAGGAGCUGAAGAAGCGGCGGUUGCAAAAGGGAGGAGAGAAGCCGGGAGGAACACAAGGCAGCAAUGGAUAGCACAGUGGCUCAGCCUGACCCCGGGAUGGCCUGGAUUCACACACUGCUGCUGGCCGGCCUCCAGCACACAGCAUACUAACACCCAUGAGCUCCCAUGCGUUCAGCCAUGCUCCCUGGGUAUGGAUUCUCACCUCUCCCUGAUUUCCAACCCCAUCUUCACGCUUUUCGCUGUAAAGGAGAGAGCCCCAGCAUGUGGAUCCCUGGCUCAGGAGAGUCCCAGGCUCUGAAUGAGGCCCGUGACGACAGGCCUCUCCUGCGCCCAUGCCACCACAAGCAUGUCGCUGUGUGCCAGCAGGAAACAUUAGCUUUUAUUGAGCUAAAACCUCCAGUGACUCCAAAACUCAAUGGUUUUGGCGCUCCUCCGCCAACUGUUUCUCCAGACACACAUUCCCUGGCUCUGAAUGGUUUCAAACACACACUAAAUGAACUGAAUGAAUUUCAGAAUGGCUGUCACAGGAGUGACACGGACAACGGCCAUGAAACAAACUUGAAUUUGGACACCCGUAUGCUUCUAAGUGAAAAUGAACUUAAAUGCCAGAAUGGCAUUGACAGUGAUACUUCUUUGCAGGACAAACCACGUGCCGUCACGACAUUAUGUCGUCCUCUCCAUGCCGCCCUUAGUCUCCCCCUAUCGUUCCCCCUGUCCUCUCUCUAUACAGACAGGGACUCCUGGGAUUCUCAGCCACCUUGUUCCCCAUCCUCCCCUGAGGGUCCAGGUUUUCAGAGUCCCGACCCCUGCCAACCACAGAGGAGAACAUCACAGGGUUCACUGAAGGAGAAGUCAAUCCGUCGAAAGAUGCGAGUUUAUUCUCCAGAUAGCACAAGUGAUGAAUCUCUCAGUAGUCCAAUUCUGGAUGGAGACUACAUCUUCCCAGGACCCUUUGCAUCCUUCCUGGAGGAGGACCUAGGAUUAUCUUCCCUUGACGCAGUCACAAAUCCUUCAUCUGUUGAGGGUGCUACAGAUCUUGCAAACCUCAACCACCUUGAGACUUUACAACUGCCUGCAGAACCGCUGCAGAUAAUAGAAGACUCAAUAGCAGGGCUCGGAGACGACCCUGGGACUUUAGAGACUUCAAGUGCCACAGGAGGGGGAAGCUCUGUCUCACGCUGUCGUCAAGGGGACAAUGAACGACGGCGAUUCUCUGCUUCAGAACUGAUAUCAAGACUGCAGCUGUCCCAAAGAAAGAACUCCUUCACCCUGAAGCUGGGGAAAUCCCUGUCUGCUCGGGUUGCCACCAGGGAUAGACAGAGUUCCAGUAGCCUCAGCCCUAACCCUGACCAUAAGUCCAACUCUAAGCACCGCAGCUCAGGGGGCUCUAGUGAUAGCGCCCCCCAAAGUCCUGUUGGCCCUCCACCUCCACUGCCAGCCAAUGACAAUGGAAUGCAAUUGCAUCGUUGGAGCACAAAACUUGGCACACCUCUUCCCAACAGAAUGCGAAAGAAAUCCAUAGAGGAAGACUGGGGCACACCUCCCACUGUCACCAGCUCAAAUCGCCUAUCACGCUUUUUGCCUAGUUCAAUUCUGUACCAGGAAUAUAGUGAUGUUGCCAUCAACAGAGAGAUCCAGAGACAGCAAGGGAAGGAGCCGGGUACAGAGGAGGAGGGGCUCAGGGACGAGGGGUCCGACGGUACCCCAUCUCCGUCCAAUCUGUCUCCUUCCAGCUCCUUUCGUUCAUCACGAGGCUCAGCUUUUGCCCUGUGGCAGGACAUUCCUGACGUUCGAAGCAGCGGUCAGCUUGACAACUUCAGCAAUGAGGAGAGGAAAUUACAGGAGGCAAAGUUUGAGCUGGUGACAUCGGAGGCGUCAUACAUUCGCAGCUUAACCAUCGCGGUGGACCACUUCAUGUUGUCCCAGGAGCUCGGGGAGUGUCUGGGAGCCCAGGAUAAGCAAUGGCUCUUCUCCAAGCUGCCUGAAGUGAAGGAUGUCAGCGAAAGAUUUCUUCAGGACCUGGAGCACCGGCUGGAGGAGGACAUUCUGCGUUUUGAUGUGUGUGACAUCGUCCUGGAUCACUGCCCAGCCCUGCGUAGGGUUUAUUUACCCUACGUAACCAACCAGGCCUACCAGGAGCAAACCUACCAGCGUUUGCUGCAUGAGAAUGCUCGUUUCCCCAGUAUCCUGGCUCGUUUGGAGGAGGAUCCCAUCUGCCAAAGACUUCCUCUCACCUCCUUCCUGAUCCUCCCGUUCCAGCGGAUCACACGGCUCAAAAUGCUGGUGGAGAAUAUCUUAAAGAGGACAACGCCAGGCUCACGAGAUGAGGACACUGCAACUAAAGCUUUCAAUGAGCUUAAAAAGAUCAUCAAAGAAUGUAAUUCCAGUGUGCAGUCAAUGAAAAGGAUGGAGGAGCUUAUUCACCUCAAUAAGAAAAUUCAUUUUGAGGGCAAGAUAUUUCCUCUGAUCUCUCAGUCUCGCUGGCUGGUGAAGCAUGGUGAACUACUGGAGGUGGACACUCAGACUAUGAGCAUUUCUGGGUCAAAGCUCAAGUUACCCACCAAGCCUGUUUACCUUCACCUGUUCAACGACUGCCUUCUGCUGUCCAGGAGGAAGGACACAUGGAAGUUCAUGGUGUUUGUACAUGCCAAGAUAGGAGAGCUGAAAGUGAAGGACCUCAGUCAGAAGUUGCAGGGCAUCUCGGGCUUCAUCUUCCACCUGCAGCUGUGUGAAGGCCAGCAGCUUAAACAUCAGAUCCUGCUCAAAGCCCACACAGAGAGCGGGAAGCAGAGAUGGAUUACAGCCAUGUUUCCGUCUGAUCCGCUGGAAGACAUUGAGCAGGCCACUGAGAAUGAUGAUGUGUCCCAGGUUCAGUGUAUCAAAAGCUAUCAGGCUCAAGAACAUGAUGAGUUAACACUGGAAAAGGCUGACAUUCUUCAAGCCAAGACCAUCACAAGUGACGGCUGGGUGGAAGGCAUCCGACUGUCUGACGGGGAACGGGGCUGGUUCCCCAAAACCUACGUGGAGGAAAUCACAAGUCGCAGUGCGCGCCUCCGCAACCUCCGAGAAAAUAUCCGCAUCAAGUGCGUCACACAGAAACUUGAGGGGGAGCACUAAACCUUUUUACUGCAAUCAUGUGUAUGUGCGUAUGAUGCCAAGUGUGCAUUUCAGUCGCUGAGGCUUAGUAUUUGAAGCGUCGGGAUCUUUGUUUUAAUGUUAGAUGGAUGUGGGACCUUGAUAUAGUAUGCAGGUGCUAAAACACGCCACCCUUUUUGACCUUUCUUAUAAUUAUGGUCACCAAACUGUAUAUCAACAUCUUCCUUUCACAUGCCAGCAGCAAAUGCAUUCAGUGCUUUUUUGAAAUUAGAGAGUAAAGCUUUUGCUCUGUACUCAUUUUAUACCUUUUCCCCCCACUGUUUGCCAAAUGUUGCAGUUUCUUUAUGCAUGCUGCCUGUGAAUGCAAUCUAUAUUUUGCUUUCUAUACUUUAGAAAGCAAAUUUUUGUGUGCACCUGUAUGUUAAGAUAAAUAUGGUCAAAUAUUAAAUGUAUACAUGUACAGGUGAAUACAGUAUGCAAAUUUAUCAGUGGUAUCAGAGGUAAAUGGAAACAUUUCCCUAGGUAAAUCUGCCAAAUUAGUAUAUUUCAUCCUGUUUUAGUGUCUGGGCAGUUUUCAUGUAUUGCUAUCCCAGAUGAGUAUCAAGAACAUCUGAAGCCGAUUUUGUUUUUGUCCACAUUGAGUUAGUAAGUUAGUAAUCUGUUAAAGCAAAACAUUAUGGCUGAGUGUUGGCUUGCAUAGUUACCUACCCAAAAAUUAACACAAAUAAAGCAGAUUAUGCUGAUACAAAGAGCUCACUCUCACUCACAUCGACUAGGAAAUGUACAGCACACCCUUCGUCAGAUUUACCUUGGGAAAUGUUAACAUGUAGCUCUGUGGUAAACAUGCAGCUUUACCAGUGAAGGUAUGCAUUUCCCAUUUCCUUCCACUUAGCCACAUACAUAAGAGACUUUGGUCAGAACUGAAAAAGGUGACGGUUCCCUUUGGUAACAUUUAGGACAAUGCCUAGUCACACUAAUUGGGCAGCAGGGUGGUGUAAAGAGGAAAGAUAAAAGCACAACAUAAGUCCAUUUGCCCACAGGGAGCAAUAAAGAAUAACAUUACUGUAAUACCCCAAGCACUGAAUUACAUUUAGGCCUACGUCUGUCCCAUCUAUAACGGUAAAAUCAGUGUAAGAGAGCUGCUCUGCUGACUCUCCACAUUGUUGACCAACCACUGUUAUUGACAUUCAAUUGUAAAAUAUUCAAUGGCACAUGAAAUGUUCUACUUUUGCUACAUCUACAUUUUUAGUUCUAAUUUAAAUGAUUGCUGUUGCAGCAUGUGUAUUUAUACUCCUAUAGCUGGUUAUUCUCUAUGGAGAUACGUAUGUAAAUUUACAUUACUGUAGACGUACUUUGCUACAUGUAUAAAGAGUAGAUUAUGGUUCAGUUACUUUUAUUACAGUAAUUUAUGUGACACAAAAAUAUGGCAUUUCAUAACAAUCAACUUUGCAGUUGGAUAUUAAUAUCAAAAACUACAAUAAACAUAAAUUCUUUAAUACACUGGAUGUCUUCUGGAUUUCACCACAUCACUGUAAGUGUUUAACAUUCAAAUAAAUGCAAAUACUUACACUA